UGGGAGAACGAGCCUGGCAGAAAUCAGAGCAAGAGGAGCUGUCCUCGGUGUCUCCAUUCAGCUCCACAAUCUGGCAAUGGGAGUCCCCAGAACCGUCCAGCUGUGCCUCUUUGGGAUUGUUCUCUGCCUGACAGGUGUCCAGACUUUUGAGUCCAAUGGGUCCCAAGCCCUGCAAUGCUACAGUUUUCAGCACAUCUACUUUGGGCCCUUUGACCUCAGUGGCACGAAAUUCCUCAACAUCUCCUGUCUCCACGGAUGCUCUGAGGCUGUCUUGUCUCUGAACACAGGGUACCGCGCCGCAGUGACCCUGGUACAGAAGGGGUGCUGGACAGGCCCGCCUACGGGCCAGAUGCAGUGGAACGACAAGGCGCUGCCGCCCGACUACUCCGUGGUGCGCGGCUGUGGGACCGACUUCUGUAACGCGCACCUCUUGACCCACGACUCCCUCCCCAAUCUGAGUCCAGCGCCCAACCCACCCACGCUCAGCGGCAUCGAGUGCUACGCCUGCGUGGGGAUCCAUCCAGAGGACUGCACCCCGGAGAAAUCCCGACGGGUCCAGUGUCACCAGGACCAAAGCGUCUGCUUCCAGGGCAAUGGCCAAAUGACCGCUGGCAAUCUCUCAGUCCCUGUGUACAUCAGAACCUGCCAGCGGCCCUCCUGUACCAUCAAGGGCACCACCAGCCCGUGGACCAACAUCGACCUCCAGGGCUCCUGCUGUGAGGGGCAUCUCUGCAACAAGGACUCCGUGAGCCAGUCCUUCACCAGUCCCUCGGCCACCGCCCCUCCCCGGGCGCCCCACCUCCUGCUCCUGCUCCUCACGGUCCCCCUAAUGGUUGGCACUCUGAGAGGGCCCCUCGGGCUCUCCUCAUAGACAGCCCCUCCAGCCUCUCCACAGGCAGGAUGCUGGGGGCAGGGCACACGCACCCCGUUCUCACUGCCCAGUCCCUGGAAUGUUGCACUCCUGUCUGUCUCUUUCUUCCUCCUACUUUCCCACCAAUGCCCAGUCCUUACCUGGUCAGCAGGCCUAGGAGAAAUUUGGCAGAGUCCCCAGCAUCCCAGAGUGGGAAGAAACAGCCACAUCCCACCCUGCAUGAAGAGCAGACCUGAUCGUAGAUAUCACUUGCUCAGCACCAAGCCCUGGUUCCUCAAAACCCAUUUCCUGUGCUCUCUCUCCAGAGCCUAGGACCAGCUCCAGCAAGGAGCUACGAUGAUGUCUUUAUUAGUAUCAUCAGGGGAGCCUCAAGAAGCAGUAUAUCCAGUAUAUUCUAGAAGUUCAGAGCCCAGACCUUGGAGCUAGGCUGCAUAGAUUCCAACCCUAGUUCUACUUGCCUGUGGGUGACCUUGGGCAAGAUCCUUAACCUCUCUGAGACUAUGUUUCCUCAUCUGUCAGGCAGGGGUGAAAAUAAA